AUGCCGUUGGCUCGCCUAGUAGAAGGUGAAAAGCAUGAUGAAUGCACCUACGUCGCAGCCUCAUCUCUCUUGAUUGGACGUCACAAGAUGCUAAGAUCUUUAAUAUACGCCUCGCGCCGCUGGAGCUCUUCGGUGGGAGCUAGAUUCAGCUCGCGGGAAGAGCUCCAGGCGUACCUCGCAAGACCAGCAUGGCAGCCGGAAGACUAUCUGCCCAGUGCGGAGGACAUCGCCAGACAACAGCUAUCUGAGGAGGAAACUCGCAAGUUGCUAAAGCUAUCUGGUCUGCCGGAGGCCGAUAUUCAGGAAGUACGGCGCCGGCUGGCUACCCAGCUUUCGUUUGUGAGUCAGCUCCAGAGCGUAGAGGUUGACGACUGCGCGGACCCGCAGUACGCAAAGGCGAUGCAACGGCACCCCGCCGCGAUUGGCUAUGAGGAGCUGGUACGCCGUGCGGAAUUAGAUGCCAAGGACACAUCGCUGGGGGAGAAGAGCGGUAGCUGGGACAGCACCGCGACCGCAACGCUGAAGAAAGACGGUUACUUCGUCUUGCGUGAGGGACUGCUGCAGAAGCGCUAG